UGUUGCUAGGGGAGGGGGAAGCACAUGCCCCCUCCUAUCAUUUGAUUCCACCGGACUCCCUGCAGGGGGGAGGAAAGCUUUACUCAAUGAAAGCACAAGUUUUCCUUCUACUACUCCACUACAUACCUUGGAAAACUAUACAGAUACUAGUACAAUAACGCAUCUCAUUCUGCCCUACUUUCUUCUCUUCGAUUGGUAGAAGAAGUCGCUUGCAUGGCUGCCUCGGCUCGCAUAAAUUCUUUAGAAAUAUAAAUUUAUGGCCGCAUGAGUCGUUCGUUGUGCAUGCUAUGUCAUGCUUCAAGCCGGUCACGUUCAUUAGCUAAUAAAUCCAGUGUUUAGGGCGGCUAUACCUACUCAAAGACAGGUCAUUCGCUCUUCUACUUAUCAAGGAGGGACCGUCUUGGACAGGUGAGAAGGUCUACAGCCGACAUUAGAAAUGGAUUUACACGCGAGAGAUAACACAAGACUCAUUAAUUCAUAGCAGCAGCUGGUGUGUGUUGGCUGCGAUGAGACGCCGGCGGAGGCAGUCGCAGGGGCGGCGGCCGUGAUGACGGAGGCGGCGGCCGACAGCAGCAGCUAUGUAGCGGCGGUCAUGGGGGCGGCAGCGGAGAGCGGAGGCGGCGGCGGUCUAGAGCAGGCCAUUUCCGCCGCCGCCGCCUCCGCCGCCAAAGAGGUCCGCUUUCCUUCGCCGCCGCCCCCGCUCCUGCGCGCCCACUCGCGCUCCAUGUCCUCCCUGCCCCCGGAGCCCUUCAUGAUCAUGCGCUCCAAGGCGCUCAACCGACGUGUCUGCAUCAACGUCGGAGGCGUGAAGCACGAGGUGCUGUGGAGGACACUGGAGCGACUCCCGCACACACGCCUGGGUCGACUGCGCGACUGCAACACACACGAGGCCAUCACAGAGUUGUGCGACGACUACUCCCUAAUCGACAACGAGUACUUCUUCGACCGCCACCCCAAGUCGUUCAGCUCCAUCCUCAACUUCUACCGAACCGGCAAACUGCAUCUGGUCGACGAGAUGUGUGUGCUAGCCUUCAGCGACGACCUCGAAUACUGGGGAGUCGACGAAUUGUACCUGGAGUCCUGUUGUCAGCACAAGUACCACCAGCGGAAAGAGCACGUGCAUGAGGAGAUGCGCAAGGAGGCAGAAUCGCUGCGUCAGCGAGAUGAGGAGGAGUUUGGUGACGGCAAGUGCGCGCACUAUCAGCAGUUCCUGUGGGACCUUCUCGAGAAGCCCACCACCUCCAUUGCCGCCCGGGUGAUAGCGGUGAUCUCGAUCCUGUUCAUAGUGCUGUCGACGAUCGCGCUGACGCUGAACACGAUUCCGCAGAUGCAGGUGAACGACGAACGCGGCGUGCAAGACAAUCCGCAGCUGGCGAUGGUCGAGGCCGUCUGCAUCACGUGGUUCACCCUCGAGUACGUUCUGCGCUUUAGCGCCUCGCCCAACAAGUGGAAGUUCUUCAAAGGCGGGCUCAAUGUGAUCGACUUGCUAGCCAUUCUGCCCUACUUUGUGUCGCUGUUCCUAGUCGAGACUAACAAGAACGCCACCGAUCAGUUCCAAGACGUGCGUCGCGUAGUGCAGAUCUUCCGCAUCAUGCGGAUCCUGCGUAUCCUGAAGCUGGCCCGGCACUCGACCGGCCUGCAGAGUCUAGGGUUCACUUUGCGCAACUCCUACAAAGAGCUCGGCCUGCUGAUGCUCUUCUUGGCGAUGGGCGUGCUCAUAUUCAGCAGCCUCGCCUAUUUCGCCGAAAAGGAAGAGCCCGGCACUAAGUUCAUUAGCAUCCCGGAGACGUUCUGGUGGGCAGGCAUCACUAUGACUACGGUCGGAUAUGGUGACAUCUACCCGACAACUCCCCUCGGUAAGGUGAUCGGCAGUGUCUGUUGCAUUUGCGGUGUCCUGGUCAUCGCCCUUCCCAUUCCCAUCAUUGUUAACAAUUUCGCCGAAUUCUACAAGAACCAGAUGCGGAGGGAGAAGGCGCUGAAGCGACGCGAGGCGUUGGAGCGCGCCAAGCGAGAGGGAAGCAUCGUCUCCUUCCACCACAUCAACCUGCGCGACGCCUUCGCCAAGAGCAUGGACCUCAUCGACGUCAUUGUCGACACCGGAACUGCCAACAAAGUAGCUCCAGCAGGAUCCCGGCCCGCUGAGUCCGCUUGGGACAAUAAAGAGGAAACGCCACUGAUAAACGCAGUGUUGGGUCACAACUUGUCGAACGCGGACGGCAACAGCACAGAGGGCGAACAGAGUGCGAACCCGGCACAGACGGGCGCCGGUUGCUAUAAGAACCACGAGCACUUCACGUCCCGCCACCGGCGACCGGCGCCGCCUCCCCAGCCGCUGCCUCCGCCGCCCCUUCUCGACCUGGAGCCGUCCGAGACGCAGCCUCUCACACAGGCGCAGCCCGAGUCGCCUCAGCACAAUCCCAUCAGUCCGGAACAUGACAGCAAAAAUGAUAGCGCAACGAUCACAAAACUAGAAGAGCUACCUAGUGAAUUUGAAUGUUGCUUUUGCAACUCAAAGGGCUUUAAAGAGUUCAUAGACGCGGAAGACCUGAUGCCGUUGGCGACAAGUGACUUCCGAAACCCGAUCUGCUUGGAGAUGAAGAUGCUGCGCACUUCGAGGGGGGCGCUGGAGGAUGGGGGAAGGGUGGGGGGACCCAUGGACGUUGGCAGUGUAGACAGUUCAGACACAUAUGCCAGCUGCAACACUCAGCCCUUCAACUCGCAGGGUGACCUGACAGCGGACGACGUCGACGCAGACGGAGAGGGUGAACUGGACGCAGACGGUUCCAACCUGUACGUGAACCCGAUGGAGAGCCAGGGCCGACGCUCCAUGGUGAAGAAGUCUGCCUCCGGAGACACGGCGCUAGCACUGCGCAGCCUGGGGGCGUCACCCGACGGCGACGAGUACAAGGGCUUCGGAGGCGGCGGAGGCGGCUGCGGUGGAGGCGGCAGUGGCGGAGGCGGUAGUGGAUCUCACCACGGCGCCGCGCCGCUUUCCGCCAGCCGCGGCAGUCUCAACGCGGACACGCCGCUGCCAAAGCAUCGCAAAACGCGCUUCCAACAACCCAGAUUUGGUGGAGACACCACUGGCCAAUCACAGGAAAGUCUGGAGACAAUAAAAAGAAGACGACCGUCUUUUAUGCCAACUCGAUCACUAGCCACUGCCACCCGUAUCAUCAACCAACAUCUAUUCGGCCUACAGAAUAGUUUGAGUCGUUCAGGUAAGAACGGCGAGAGCAGGACAUCGCUGUCUGUGGACUCGAUAGACAGCCGAACGUGUCAGACGCCCGAAACGCACCGCCGCUCCAAGUCCAUCCUCAAGAAGCACGAGUCGUCGAGUGGCGGAGGUGGAGGCGGAGGUUUAGGCCACCAGCACCAGUGCGGCAACCACCGAGGGGCGGCAGGGGGGCGGCUGAACAGCGACGACCCCGAAACCGAGAAGCUAAUCUCGGACACGGCGUCCGGGUCAGACUACUCGCCGGGAAAGAGUCCGCCUUCGCUGAGAGCCGCCACCUCCAAGCUGCCGCCGCUCAAGUUUGUCGGCAUCCCGCCUCCAAACCUGCUCCCGGCCCCCACCACCGCCUCCACGUCACCGCCUCCCCCACUCUACAUCUGCCCCCCGCCGCCCCCCAUGGACCACUCGCCCACCGAGGAGACCAAGCUGCUGCUCCACACGGCCCCCGCGCACCGCCCGCCCCUGCACUCCUCAUAGCAGUCACAGGUAUUCAGACAUUUCAAAGUUAGCUACGAUCAGUGGAAUGUCUUGAAGAAACUAUUCCUAACGAGAAAUGCAGACCUGCACCCAAUGCAGUUUGUUUGGACUCUGAUGCCCUAGGAAAGCGAAGCAUAUCGAAAAACAUUCAACGUAGACAUCAACCUUCAAAUAACGAAACUCGGUUGUGAUUCUAGACAAACAAGUGAGACAGUGAUUUUCAAACUGCAAGACUAACAUGCCCGCCCCAUUUAUAAUAUUGCGUAUUUGUAUAACCACAGUGAAACAUUCCAAAAGAGUCCUUUUUGAGAAUAAACAUUAUGAUAAACGAACUAUUUGAAAAAACCAAGAACAGAAAGUGUCAUUAUUUUGUUAUUUGUUGAGUGAAUGAAACAGUAAAAAUGUGUGCUUGAAAUAGGGGAUAAGAUGAAUAAUUGCAAUAUUCCUCAAAAGUUGCUUGCCACAGAGUGAAAGAGAGUUAUACACGGAAGACAGUUUUCUAAAGACAAAAACCGUCUUCAAUAAAAAAAUUAUAUGAAAGUGUUUCUAAACGAUCAUUGUCUACAAAUAUAAAACUUAUGCUGACAACCCAUUAGUGCUGACAUUGGUUUUUUAAUGUGAAAUUAUACAAUUAGUUAUACGUACAUUUUAUUUUUUGAGCUUCGUUUUUACUAAAAUGUGAUAAUUUAUUACAAGUGAACACGAUUGAAUUGUGUGUUACAUAAAAAAUUAAAAUGCUGGAAUCUGUAGAUAUAAUAAGUGUUAAAUGUGCAAAAACAAAGCUGUAUGAUAGGGAAUGAGAGACGUCGAUUAUGUGUAAAUUAUGUAAAUUUAUUCAAAGUUUUAUUUCUACUUGUUUGAUGAUGAUUAAAGCUAGUAUGAAUCAACUGUUAUUGAGAAGCUAUUGCAAAAACGAUGUGAAGAUUGAGUAUUAAAACGAGAUUAUUCAGCAAAAUAAU